UUUUUCAAUGAAUGGUUUCUUCUUUCUGGUUACCCAGUUGAGAAACGACUUCUACACUCAAGUUCCAAUACGUUACCAAUCUUUAGAUUUCUCUUCUUUCAAAUGUUUAAGCUGGUUGUAUGGGUUCGGAAGUAGUUUAAUUUUCAGGAUAUUCUGGAGCUAUCAAAUAGUUUUCAUGCAUUCUGAUUUGUUACUUAUAUUUUUCCGAUGAUUCUACUAUGUGCAUAGAUCUCGUAUUAUGGAAUUGCUGUUUUUUCUUUUGAAGAAACAAGGAGAUUUCUGUAUGGAUGACCCAUCUUAGCGGCUUUAUUGUUGAAUGACCUCAUUCGAGAAAAUCAAUGAGAACUACUGUUUUUCUUAUGAUAUUAGAGCACUCCACUAUCCCAUUAUCGUGUUAGUCUUGAUGUGAUUUUCAUUUUUAGUCUUAGUUGGCUGACUGUUGAUUUGAAAGAAAAAAAAUGGUUGACUUUUAAAAAGAUCUCGACUGAAAUAAAUAUUGCGUUAGGGCUUUGAUUGCUGUGUGAUAGGAGUCCCUAAUGCAAUAGUGCCAUGUGACAUCAAUAGAAUGUUUGUUUUCCUUUGUUUUCUAGGAUUGAGUAAUUCCGUAUUAAUCCUUCUAGCAUUGGAUCAUUUGUAUAAAAAUCUCAAAAACAAUGUCGUCGUGUAAGUAUUUUAAAGCAAACCUGGCUCUUCCACUUAGAAAUAAAAGUCAAGAUUUUUCCAUCUCGUUCUGCAUGGUUGAUGAGGCUGAAAUUCUGACAAACUUGACAGUGUAGAUUAAUAUUUUGGCAAAUCAGUUGUCAUAUUACUAAUGUGAUCAUGUUAAUUUCUAAAGCUUGUUCAAAGUCGUUUGUGGUUUGUUAGACGGCAAUAAGUGAUCAUUACUGAUAUUAGGCAGGAAUUUAUAUGAUGUACUGCCGUGUGGGUUAAGAAGUAGGUAACUUUGAAAAGUUUCAUACGUGGGGUGCUGCUCCGUAGCUAAUAACUAAUAAAUUUAUUGUUGUUCUUCUUAUUCCUUCCUCUAUUCCUCCUUUUUGCGUUCUUGGUUUAAUUAUCUUUUGUGUGAGUCUGUUUGUAAGCAAUCAUUCUUUUUUCAUGGCUGGAUGAUUAUGACGAUGAAAUUUUAAAUUCCUUUUUCUACAAAGGAAAUUUUAUUCAUUCAUUGUUGUGGGAACCUCAUUAGUCAUAUGUAAGCACAUGAGGCGAAUUCUUUUUCAGAUUGUUAAAGAACUUAAAAGCGUGCACAGUGUUUAUCAAUCAUAUGGCAGACGUGGCGAAAGAUCUUCUUGCUGGGACUCUUGGGGGAGCAGCUCAAUUGAUAUGUGGGCACCCAUUUGAUACAAUUAAGGUCAAGCUCCAAAGCCAACCUAUCCCCCUUCCUGGCCAACGUCCCAAGUAUUCUGGAGCGAUGGAUGCUGUCAGACAAACUUUAGCUUCAGAAGGCCCAAGAGGUUUGUAUAAAGGUAUGGGAGCUCCGUUGGCUACAGUUGCUGCACAAAAUGCUGUUCUCUUCACUGUCAGGGGACAACUAGAGUCCUUCUUUAGGCCUUAUCCCGGUGCCUCCCUUGAAGUUAAGCACCAAGUAGUUUGUGGGGCUGGGGCUGGCGUUGCUGUGUCUCUUGUAGCUUGUCCAACUGAGUUGAUCAAAUGCAGACUGCAAGCUCAGAGUGCACUAGCAACAUCCGGUUCAGUUGGUGUGGCAGUGAGGUAUGGUGGUCCGAUGGAUGUAGCCAAGCAUGUUUUCCAAUCGCAAGGAGUGAAGGGUCUUUUCAAGGGUUUGGUUCCAACUUUGGCAAGAGAGGUGCCUGGGAAUGCAGUGGUUUUUGGUGUAUAUGAAAUGCUAAAACAACACUUUGCAGGAGGUCGAGACACUUCUAAUCUAGGAAGAGGGUCUCUGAUGGUGGCUGGUGGUAUAUCUGGAGCUGCCUUCUGGCUAGCUGUGUAUCCAACCAAUGUGGUGAAGAGUGUGAUUCAAGUGGAUGAUUUCAAGAACCCAAAGUUCUCUGGUUCUAUUGAUGCUUUCAGAAAAAUCAUGGCUUUAGAAGGAGUUAAAGGCCUAUACAAAGGUUUUGGACCUGCUAUGGCACGUAGUGUCCCAGCUAAUGCUGUAUGCUUCUUGGUAUACGAAAUCACCAGAUCUAGUUUAGGUUAAACUAAACAAUUCUUUUGUGGACCUUCUUGUUAUAGGUGUAUGAAUCACAUUGGUUAUACCCCGUUUGAUUCGAGUUGGGUAUGACAAGAAAUAAAAUUUUGCUCAUUAACUCUUGCACUUCA